CUCAUCAUCGAUCGGCGAGAUCGCGAGAGCGAGCUGCCUGCAGUUGGCAAGCUGAUCGUCGUCCCGAGAGAUGAUUGUCAUUCUCGUGCCGUUCUUUUUGGCGGCGCAACUGCGGGAGGCCGGCUGGCCCCAGGGCGCCGGCGAGGCGCUCUACCGGUUCAGCGUCAACGCCACGGUCCUCGACGCGGCCGCGGCAGCCACCGGAUCCUAUCGUCAUUCAUCGUCGCGCCAGCACGACAAUGGCCCGACGGUGGACCGGUCGACUCGCUUCGAUCUGAGCUCGCAGCUGCGCUGUCGAUUUCGCGGGCCCGCCUCGCUCGUCUGCCGCAUGUGCGACACUCGGGCCGUGAGCUUCGCCUCCAAGGACCUGAAUCCGGCCUCGCAAGCCUGCCCGAUGCCCGACACCCUGCAGCAUCACGCCGAGUACCAGAUCGCCGAGGAGGCGUUCGAGAUCAGUUUCGCGCAUCAGGGCGUGGCCAAGAUUCUCGUGAAUCGCACCGUGUCGCCGCACGACCUCAACAUCAUCCGAGCGCUGGUGAAUCAGUUCAACGUGGGGGCCAACAUAGCCAAGCGGCGAGAGAGCGAGUUCCAUCAGAUGGAGAAGUCGCUGAUCGGCAAGUGCGACACCAUGUUUCGCGUUGUCAAAAAUACCAGCAGCAGCAGCAACGCUGUUGAUACUGGUCGCGUGUCGACAGUAGCGCAGCAAUACGAGAUGCCACGCAGAGGAGCCAACGCGAACUGCUCGAUCACUUGUAAAGACAAGCAACAGCAGCAGCAGCUCAACGGCGGCGGCAGAGUUUCAGCGUCAGCGGGCAAAGCAUCCAGUGCUACAGCUACUGACGAUGGCGGUGGCAACGGGCCGUGGCUCGACGAAGACUACAAGCUCAGCGGCUUGGAGAGCCUCGGCCGACGCAAGGGCGAGACUCUGAGGCUGGAGAAGUGGCGCAACGUACACAAGUGCAGCCUCAGGGCCGAUUAUUUCUUUGGCAGUCGCGAGAAUCUACGCAUGGAUCCGUCCGACUUUGAGGCGCGCAUCGUCGCCUCCGAGAGUACGAUCCACGUGUCGGACACGAACUUCGCCUCGUACACGGCCAACGAGGUGCACAUCAAGCGCCAGCGCGGCGACGACCUCGUCAUCUACGAGCGCUACGCCCUGCAGCUGGCCUCGAUCGACGCCACGACCAACGUGGCGAGGCGGCCGCCCUUCGGCGUCGCCGAUCCGGCCUCGGCGAGCGUCUACGCUUACCAGUACAUCGACGACGAGGACGAGGAGUCGCUGGAACUGCAGGCGCCCCAACCGACGACGCAAAAACCACAGCAGCAGCAGCACAAUAAACGUUCUCGUGCCACGCGAAGGUCCAAAUACUCGGCGACUCGCGCGUAAUUACCCCCUCGUCGUGUACAGCGAUUCUUUGCAGUUUUUCUCUUUCUUUUUUUUUACUCUCAGGAAAAGAGCCAUUAUUACGUGUAUGGAAGCCAGAUGCAAAUGAAAUGUCUUCAUUCGAGGAAAAAAUUGCGGGGCUAGUUUAUCGAUCCGCGCAGGUGUACUCGCGGGUUAGAUCGUAUCGCUCUCGAGUUCCGACCCACUAUGAGUAACAAAAAAAAUUAAAAAAAGGAAGAAGAAGGAGAUCUUGCAAACCAGUGCGAAGUUAGUUUUUAUUACCCGCAAGCUGCAAAUGUUAUUGUUUUAUUUUUGUAUCGAUCGCUCGAGUAAACAAAUGAAAUAAAUCUACUCCGCCUUUGAACCAAAAAAAAAAAAUACGAAACAGAAAUGUUUAAACUAGCUACAGAGUAUUUAGAAUCGUACGAGGUAUAAAAAGAUAUUUAUUGAUUACACAUCUCUGGCAGUGGAGAAUCGCAAUGUUUAUAAUAUAUAAAAGAGAGGCUGAACGAUUUUUUUUUCUUUUUGCCUGGAUACGAGUUACGAGUAAGGAUGUAAAUAAUUAUUGUAAUAACGAUCACAUUGUA